AUGCGUUUUGUCAUUCUAUUUACAGCAUUUGCACUGCUUAUGUUGCAACCUGUUUUAGGUCGUAACAUAUCAUCCGUCGAGCAACAAUUUCAACAGCAUAUCAAUUUUUUGAAAGAGGUGAUACCCCGACGCAAAACACUUGACAUUAAUCGUGCUAGUGCAUUGGUCAGUAUUCUGCAUAAAGGUGUACCAGUAAACUUUGGUGUAAUUCCCCUGUCCAACCUUCCGUCACUCGUUGACAUUCAUAAUUUCAGUCCAAAUUCGUCAAAAAGCUUAGCUACAAGUGGAUCAUCUAUGCCUUCCAAAUUACCAUCGUCUUUGCUUGAAAUUGUGCAACCUUUAACCUCGCUCGAGUUUUUGUAUUCGUCAUCGACUAAUGAGGACGACAUUGUGACGGUACCGCCUACAAGAUCAUUAUCGGCUAGUUACUCAUCAAAUAAACCGAAAACAGUGUCAAAGUUGGACAUGCUAGCAGAAAUAAGACGAUUGGAGCAACUAUUGGUAGAAUUAAGGGGUCAAAUGAGUCGUCAGGAGAUGAAUUUGCGAAAGCAAUUGGAGCUAACAGGACAAACUACACCAACUACCACCGCCUCGGAAGUGGCCCAAAAUGCUGAACAAUAUUCAAGAUCAAGACUGUUUUUUGUAUCUGCUACUGAGGACGUGCUCUCAGUGAACGAUGAUAGUGUUUCAGCAUCAAAAGUGAAUGGCAGGCAAAUCAUGAUGAGGAAGCCCCCGUCAAACUCGGUUUUAAUCAUGCCUCAGUUUCAACAUCAUGCAAGACAUAAUCCUCAACAGGGUCCAACUUAUCGCAAACCUAAAGUCGCGUGGACGGAUUUCCCAAUUCCAGUAGCUACUGCCUCGAGUGUAACAGAAAUGGACUCUAUUGAGACGUUGGGCGUGUUGAAGGAGGGAGAGUACACCAUUCUUUUUGAUACGGAUAACCACAUAGGUUACAUUGAUUCAAAUGUUAUUCAAUUCGCAGGAGUCACCGACGCAGAUAUUGUACCUUCUACGACCCAGUAUGAAGAGUACCUCCCCAUACAAACCCUGGUGGAUGGGGAUGUCAAAACCGUCCCCACAACUGAAACACUCGAUGGACUCGAGAUGGGCCAAUCGUCGACCACUCAUCAGUCUGUCACCUCACCAAUGACGACUAGCCCAUUUUAUGACCAAGACCUGAUUCAUGCACCACCUAAAAAGGCAACACUUCCAGUUCACGUGCACCAGCUUGGGACUCGACCAACUGAGAAGGAAGUUUCUACGUCAAGAGUGCGAAGACUAAAACUGGUUGCUACAAAGAGUUUCAAUUUUGACAUAUUUGACUUUGAUUCUCAAACAAAACUCAACUCAGGGAGUGCUAUACGGAAGUCAUUAGCUUUUCUUUAUUAUAUAAUAUUGCUGGUAAUAUACUGA